CUUCGAAGGUCAUUGCAUAUAAGAGAUACUUCAUCGAUCUUAAUCUACAUACCACAAUAGAUUCUACGAACCAUUUGAUUCCUCAAAUUCUUGUCAAAACUCACAAGAAGGAGAUCACCAUACUCCCACACCAUGUCUUCCCAAAACACCAACACCAACACCCAACAACCCGGCCUCAUCGCCGGCCACGCCGAAUAUAUCAAAGGCGCCGCCGAGGCCGCCAUUGGCAGCGUAACGGGCUCGCACGCCUGGACAUCAUCCGGAGAGCAGGAUAAGGCGCACGCCGCGUCAACGAUGAAGGCUGCUGGUGAGCAGCGUGAUGCGUCGACGCAGGGGUACGGCAAGGCGGAGGAGAUUGCUGGCAAGGCGUUUGGGUGUGAGGGGAUGAAGACUGAGGGGGCUGCUAGUAAGAAGGAGUAACUAGAGGUUAUGGGACAUUACGAUUUCCCUGAUGAUGGGGUCUGUACGAUUAAUACAUGGCGAUGCGGUUACGAGAUUUAAUAUGUUUAUUGAAGACCACUGAGAG